AUGUCGACCGUCACGGUGACUGCAAUGCAGAGCUCAAAACCCCCUAUUAUCCCCAAGUCCUUCAAUGCCAAACAGCCGCAAACAAUCCGGCUCUACCCUCUCUCCAACUACACCUUUGGUACCAAGGAAAACCAACCAGAAGAAGACCCCUCGGUGCUUGCGCGCCUGAAGCGUCUCGAAGAGCAUUAUGACCAACACGGAAUGCGCCGGACCUGCGAAGGCGUACUGGUCUGUCACGAACAUAAUCACCCACAUGUGUUGAUGCUGCAGAUUGCGAAUGCAUUUUUCAAACUACCAGGCGAUUAUCUGCACCACGAAGACGACGAAAUCAACGGCUUCAAAUCCCGUUUGAACGAACGCCUGGCACCCGUCGGCUCUCAAUUCAGCGGCGAAGGCGUGAACGAGGACUGGGAGGUCGGCGAUACGCUGGCGCAAUGGUGGCGUCCGAAUUUCGAGACUUUUAUGUACCCAUUCCUCCCAGGCCAUGUCUCGCGUCCGAAGGAGUGUAAGAAGUUAUAUUUCAUCCAACUUCCGAAAAAGAAGGUUCUCAGCGUUCCGAAGAAUAUGAAACUCCUCGCCGUCCCGCUUUUCGAACUCUACGACAACACAGCCCGCUACGGCCCCCAACUGUCGGCGAUCCCGCAUUUACUGUCUCGCUACAAUUUCGAAUUUGUCGAUGAGAAUGACAACGUUGUCGCCGUCACACCGGGCACGUCGUCUACGGGCAUUGAAGAGAUCAAGACAAAGGUGCUUGCUGGGGGUGAUGCAGAAACAGGCGAGGACACGGGGAUGGAAGAUGUUAAUACGGGGGACGGCGGUGCAGGGAAUGCAGCGGGUAACAAGGACGAGGGGGAGAAUGAGCAGAUUUGA